GGCUUGUCUUAGGCGCAGUGGCCGAGGUCUCGCUAUCGCUCGCUGGUCCUUCCGCUGCCCGUCCGCUGCCAGCCCGCGCCGUCCUCUCCCUGCCGCUAAAAUGAUGUGCGGAGCGCCCUCCCCCACCCAGCCGGCCUCCGCCGACACCCAGAAAAUCGCCGACCAGGUGAAGACACAGCUAGAAGAGAAAGAAAACCAGAAGUUUUCCACUUUUAAGGCUGUGUCCUUCAAGAGCCAGGUGGUGGCAGGAACCAACUACUUCAUCAAGGUUGACAUUGGCAAUGAUGAAUAUGUGCACUUGAGGGUAUACCAAAGUCUUCCUCAUGAAAACAAACCUUUGACCUUGUCUGCCUACCAGGUCAAGAAGACCAAGCAGGAUGAGCUGAGCUACUUCUAAUUCCUCAUUUCCCAGGGGGCCCUUCGUCCCUGUGCCAGCUACUUAAUCAGUUCUCUGUCCUCUCUGUGCCGUGCCUCCCGGGUAGAAGGACAGAGGGAAGGGGCUUCCCUUUUGCUGUGAUUCCUAUUUCAUUGUAUGGAUCUUUUUUCUCACAAUUAGUGAUCUUAAUUAUUUACAAAGAGUUCUAUAACUGAUCUGUCUUUAAAUAUAUUUUUAA